AUGAGUAAUAGACAAUCACCACUUUCUCCAUCGCGCACUCGCUCAACAAUAGUUCAGCCAACGUUUGCCGAUGGUCCGGCUGCUUUUUUACAACAAUUAGCUACCAAAGUUCAAAGUACAUCAUCAAUGGGCUCGGGUAACGGAGCUGAAAUCCAAAGAGUUAGAAGCCAGUUGACAACUGAAGUUCAAAACUCACAUUCGAAACAAGAAAUGAAAAUGAGACAGCUAGAUUCUCAAUUAACUUUACUCCAGCAAAAAAUUCGCCCGCAAUUACAAAACAUUGAACGUCAACAAGGAUUUACUCAAAACCAACUUGAUCAGCUUCGCAAUCGCGUACAAAAUCUCAUCUCUGAUGAUAUAUCGCCUCUUCAACAGAAAUAUGAUCAGCUUGGAUUAACUUUCGAUAGGUUCUUAAGGGUUGAAUUAGAAUCAAAACUACGUCCAAUGCAAGAUGAUUUAAGAAUUUCCCGUACAAAGCUUGAUGAAUUAUUAUCCAACGUUACUAAUGGAUUUCAGAGAAUCAAUGAUUCGGUUGAAGAACUCACUUCCAAUAUUGAUCAGACUUCUAAUGCUCUCGCCCUCCAAAAGUCAAAAUUUGACAAACGUAUUGGCGAAAUUUCUCCAAAAGUUGAUAACAUUGAAGCACAAAUCAAAGAGCUUCAAAACAUCCUUGAUGGUGCUGAAGGUUUUGGAUCAAGUUUUACUACUCUCGAUAAAACAAUCAAAUCGGCACUUGAUAACGUUCAAUACUUACAAAAUGAGUAUAUCCCACAGAAGAUCAAUGAGAGCUCCGCUACAUUCAUUGAGAAAAUGGGCACUCUUUCCACAAGAACCGAUUCAGAUCUUUCCAAUAUUCAAUCAGAACUUGACGCAAUACUUGCACAGAACCAGCAAGCAGAAGUUGAGCGUAAAGAUGCAGAACAUAACCUUGAAUCACUCAUUACUUCAUCAUUUGAAGUAGAAAACGCUUUAACAACUCUUGAAACAGAAACAAAGACAAAAAUUGAUACAAUCUCUCACGAUAUGGACUCAUCAAUCUCCCAGAUACACUCCAGACUAUCAGAACUGAAGGCCAGCGGUGAUGAUGAAGACAGAUUACAAACAAAAUUAGAUGAUUCAGUUGAAGACCUUAAGAGAACAAUGGAACAAUCGCUAAGAGAUCUCAGAGAGAAAAUACGUGUUACUUCAUCAAAGAACUUGAAGGCACAGCAGUCAACUUACUCAUUAUUAACUAAUGUAAGGAAUACAUUGGAAGGAGAUGAGAACAUUCUUGGAUAUCUAUCAGCUGUUGAGGCACAAAUCAAUUGGUGCGUCAGAGCAAUACAAGCAAUUGAUGCUGAUAGAAUUAAAGCACAAGAAAUUGGUGCAGAUCCAACAAAUAUUGCAGGAAGAGCAAAGAACAUUGAUGAAAGAGUUUCAAACGCUUUGUUGAGAGUUACAAGACUUGAAGAAGCGAGAAAACGUGGUGCUGCUGCUCAACCUGAAGAAGACCAACAACAGCAGCCUCAAGAAGAAGAGAAGCCAAAGAAGAAACCACAAAAGAAACAACAACAAAAUGAUGAAGAAGAGGAAAAACAAGAAGAAGAGAAACCAAAGAAGAAAUCACAAAAGAAAGGUGAAGAAGAUGAUGAAGAACUUCCAGCUUCAAAUGAAGAAAAACCAAAGAAGAAAGCUGCACAAAAGAAAGAACAAAAUGAAGAUGAUGAAGAACCUCCGGCGGAUGAAAAACCAAAGAAAAAGAAACAACAAAAUGUAGUUGAAGAAGAGGAUGAAUAA